ACUCCACAACUACACACAGUCAAAAGCUAAUACAAAACUUUUGGCAAGUGUCAGAAAAUUACCAAUGAGAAGUUUUUCACAUAAGCAAAAUUAGUGGAUGCCCCCAAUAUUAAUAUUACCAUAUAUAAUCGUCAAAAAUUGUACAAUUAUAUCCCAAAAUCUUUGGUAAUUAAAUAUUUACUCAUUCUAGUACACUACAUCACAAUUAAUCUUUAGUACAUUUGGGGAAAAAAAUUCAAAAUAUCUAACAAACUUGUGACAAUGAAGCAAAAUAGUGUAGUAUAUAUAGCUCACCUACACAAACAGAUAUAUUAACCCAUCAAGAAAUACAUAAAAAUUUGACCAAAAACGAGACAGAGAAUGUUUCAUAAGAUGUCCGAAGAAAAAGGUUAUGCAAAUUUGGCGAUGAUAAUGGUAUUGAGCAUGCUGAUCUACAUUCACUCAGCCGAUGCAAAAAUCUACACGGUUGGAGGCUCGACCGGCUGGAUCUUUAACGUAUCUGGCUGGGAAACUGGGAAGCCCUUUAAGGCCGGUGACAAACUUGUUUUCAAGUACGCGGUGGGUAGACACAAUGUGGUUGUGGUGGACAAGGGGAGCUAUGAUUCUUGCAGUGUGCCGGCUGGUGCACCAACUUAUGGUUCGGGCAACGAUAAGUUGACGUUGAAGGAAGGGACUAACUACUUCAUUUGUGGCUUUACUGGGCAUUGUCAUGCUGGGAUGAAGAUUGCUGCUAAUGCUGCGUCAUUAGCCUCAUGAUGAGGAAUGAGGAUGCUUAUUGGUUAAUUAAUGGGACCCAUCCAUAUGAUAUUGAAAUAAAUGUAGUUAACUAUAAUAAUUAUUUACUUCUUCUUUUUUGUUUUCUAAUUUCAACUAUAUACAUAUAUGAUUUUAUCAUAAAUAC